AUGGCCGGGGAGCGAAAAGAUCAUUUUGAAGCCAUGCGAGAGCGCGUCCCACGCUUCCUCUUCCGCGCCUUCGACGAAUCCAGCGGCGGCGGCCGCGAGCGUUCCAUCAUCAACGCAACCGAGAUCAUGCCCCGAGGCUUCAUGAACGGCCGGCAAGUCACUGGGUUCUACGAAAAACCGGAGAAGGAACUGCAUGCCAUGGCGCACGCCCACUUUUUGCAAGACGAGAACGUGCUUACUGAGUUCAGCUCUUGGGCAGCUUCUCUCCAUACGGUUCUUUGCUAUGCGUAUACUUGUUCAUUGUCAUUGACAGACGUUCAUGUUGCUGUGCUCGAUCGCGAGAAACUGGAUGGCGAG